GGCGCGGGUCCUCCGCGCGCCCCGACGGUCCGCGGCCGCUGCACGUCAGUCGGACCCAGCCAUGGGGCUGCCCAAGGGGCCGGAGGGCCAGGGUCUCCCAGAGGUAGAAACAAGAGAAGAUGAAGAACAAAAUGUCAAGUUGACAGAAAUUCUGGAGCUCUUGGUGGCUGCUGGCUAUUUCAGGGCAAGAAUUAAAGGCUUGUCUCCUUUUGACAAGGUUGUGGGAGGAAUGACUUGGUGCAUUACCACUUGCAACUUUGAUGUAGAUGUUGAUUUGCUCUUUCAAGAAAACUCUACAAUAGGUCAAAAAAUAGCUCUGUCAGAAAAAAUCGUCUCAGUCCUGCCAAGGAUGAAAUGUCCACACCAGUUGGAGCCCCACCAGAUCCAGGGGAUGGAUUUUAUUCAUAUAUUUCCUGUUGUUCAGUGGCUGGUGAAGAGAGCUAUAGAAACUAAAGAAGAGAUGGGUGACUACAUCCGCUCCUACUCCAUAUCCCAGUUCCAGAAAACCUACAGUCUGCCUGAGGAUGAUGACUUCAUGAAGAGAAAAGAAAAGGCCCUCAAGACAGUGGUUGAUCUCUCAGAUGUUUACAAGCCCCGUCGGAAAUACAAACGCCAACAGGGAGCAGAGGAGCUGCUUGACGAAGAAUCGCGAAUCCAUGCUACACUUUUGGAAUAUGGCAGGAGGUAUGGAUUUAGUCGCCAGAGCAAAACAGAAAAGAUUGAGGAUAAGAAAACGCCACUUCCCACAGGGCUUUCGGCUACAGAAAAAUCUGAUGCCCAUGAAGAAGAUGAGCUUCGAGCUGCUGAAGAGCAGCGUAUUCAGUCGUUGAUGACCACGAUGACUGCCAUGGCAAGUGAGGAGAGCCGUCUCACCGCCAGCUCCGUGGGCCAGAUUGUGGGACUCUGCUCCGCUGAGAUCAAGCAAAUUGUAUCUGAGUACGCGGAGAAGCAGUCUGAGCUGUCAACUGAAGAAAGUCCAGAAAAAUUAGGAACCUCCCAACUCCAUCGACGGAAAGUCCUCUCCUUGAACAAACAGAUUCUGCAGAAGACCAAACAUCUAGAAGAGCUCCAGGCAAAUUAUUCCAACCUGCAAGCCAGAUAUAAUGAUGCUAAGAAAACACUGACAGAGCUGAAGAGUUACAGUGAGAAAUUGGACAAAGAACAAGCAGCCCUCAAGAAGAUAGAAGCCAAAGCUGACCCAAGUAUCCUGCAGAACUUGAGAGCACUUGUGGCCAUGAAUGAGAAUCUGAAAAGCCAGGAACAGGAGUUUAAAGCACAUUGCCGAGAGGAAAUGACAAGGCUACAGCAAGAAAUCGAAAACCUGAAAGCUGAGAGAUCACCGGGCGGAGGUGAAAAGACACUCACCAGUGGAGAGCCGCCUGAUGCUGUAACUCCUGUGAUGACUCAUAAUGAAGACCUAGAUAGACGAUAUAAUAUGGAGAAAGAGAAACUUUACAAGAUCCGUUUACUUCAGGCUCGAAGAAAUCGAGAAAUCGCAAUUUUGCAUCGCAAGAUUGAUGAAGUGCCCAGCAGAGCCGAGCUAAUACAGUAUCAGAAGAGAUUUAUUGAACUCUACCGCCAGAUUUCAGCAGUACACAAAGAAACCAAGCAGUUCUUCACUUUAUAUAAUACCCUGGAUGAUAAGAAGGUGUAUUUGGAAAAAGAGAUUAGCCUGCUGAACUCAAUCCAUGAGAACUUCUCACAAGCCAUGGCCUCCCCUGCUGCCCGGGACCAGUUUUUACGUCAGAUGGAACAGAUUGUAGAAGGAAUUAAACAAAGCAGAAUGAAGAUGGAAAAGAAGAAGCAAGAGAACAAAAUGAGAAGAGACCAGUUGAAUGACCAGUACUUGGAAUUGUUAGAAAAACAGAGGCUGUACUUUAAGACUGUGAAAGAGUUCAAGGAGGAGGGCCGCAAGAACGAGGUGCUGCUGUCCAAGGUGAAAGCCAAGGCCUCCUGAACAUUCCCCUCCCAUCAUCGUGCGUCACUCAUGUUUUUUUUUAAAAAAUGCCAUCUGUCAACUACAAGAUCAUGAAACGGUUGUGACCCUGAAUAGAGCGAGGCAGAUGUGGUGAUUCCAACACCCUGGAUGUUUUCUUGCUCCUGUUUGCUUCCAUUUCAUCUCUGUGUUGGUUGUUGGAAUCAGACAGUGUGAACAUGCAGCCUGGAUAACACCCAUCAUCCUGUGGAGAAUUAUGGUGGGACUUGCUCUUUGUGUCGAUUCAACUUUUAUUUCUCUAGUAACAUUGCCUAUAUGAAGGUACCUGUAUUUGUACGGACUCUAUGAAUAAAGAGGAAUUCAUUUAUCAACAAGUAUUAAUUGAGAAGUAAGCGCUAACGGAGAAAGAAAUAUGUAACUCAGCCCCUACACCCAGCGCAUGGCCCAGGGAGCAGAUGUCGUCCAGUGGGCCCCAGAACAUGGCCACCUGGGAUUUUUCUUAACAGAAACGCCAGCCACGUGAGUGCUGGUGACUUGGGCCCUUCACUUGCCCAUGGUACCUUUUGUUCCUGGCUCCCUAAAGUGCCAGUCAGCAGGCUUAAUGAUGUAGCAAAUAGAAUGACAGCUCAGUGUUGUUAUCUUCAUCCUUACACACUACUCACGUUUGUUUCAUUGAGAAUGGAAAACAAGGGCUUAUUUUGAAGAUGCUUAAAUAACAAUGACACCUUCAUAGGCCCCUUUCCCUCGAGUCACAGCCAGCCUGGGGCUGAGCCUGCUUGUGUUGCGUGUGCCCUGCUGUCCACUCUAAACCUGGGGCAGGCACAUACUCCACUGCAGUCCAGACAGUAGAUAGAUCAUAAUUCCCAGAGACAGGCCUCGGGCAGCUGCCACUGCACAUCAGAGGAGGAAGAGCAGUGAGGUGUGUGGAGAUUGUGGGAGGCCUCGUGGAGGAGUCUGAAGGGAGAAGCACAUUUUAAUAAGUAGAGGUAGGUAAGAGGACCAUUUUCAGUAGCCACAGCCACAACUAUGAUUGAAAACUCAAGAGGGAGCAGGGAAAGUACAAGGCAUGCUUGUUGGGAGAGAAGUGCAUGGGCCAGACUCUGCAGGAGGCCUUAGAGCCCAGUCCAGAAAGAUGGGUGAGGAGUAGACUCGAGGGCUUGAAGGAAAGGCAGAGGGCAUCAUUUUGUGACCUGGAAAUAAGCAGUCCACACCAAACAUGGAGCCCCUCCUGCCCUGGCCCUCAGGAACCUGGCAACUCCGACCUAUCUGGCAACCCCAGCACCAGGUUUGCACUUCGUUUUACAUAAACCUGCAUACAUACCAGUCAGCGCAUUUGGACCAUAAAACAUAAAAGCUUAAGCGAGUCAGGUAAACAGGGCACUCAGUGCAAUAACAAAACCGUCUGCAUUUUCAGGUCCUUAAUGUAUGUCAUGGACUUAGAAAAAGCAGUCCUGUGCUGGAUUAGCAACAGCCGUUGGCGUCUGUGCCAGGGCCGUGAGGCCUGUUGGUGCGCUGGGCGGGGACAGCAUUUGAAGCUGCACUUUCCCUGGACCAUGACAUCACUAAGGCUCGCCCCUCGGCCAUGGUCAUUUUUUAUUUUGAAAAGGCUCCAUAACAUUGAGCCAAGUAGUUGCCAAAGAACAGGUGGCGCUUUGAGGGCAGGGGAAGUCACAGCAGUUUCACUGUUUGUAAAUUAUUUCAGAUUCAGGGAAACAUCUCCACUGCCAUGUUGAGAAGCUCUCAGACCCACCUGCUGACUGACAGCUCUCUGAGCAAUAAAGAGAUGAUUCCUUUAUCUGUCCAGGGAGGGAGAGGAGUAGGGGACAAUCCAGGGUCACUGAUAGCAGGUCAGGUAUGACAUGACUAAUCCAAAGCAGACAAUAAUUUUUACUAAAAGCAGGGGCAUUUAUUGGGGGCUAAAGAUUUUCCUUGAGUUGGAUUUUGGUGUAGGGAGAUACCAAUAGGUCUCUUUUCCCUCUUUUUAAUCCUCAAGGCCUAAUACAGAUUAAUAGUUUUCAUUCCUUGAACAAGCUUUGAAUGAGCCCUCAGGGGCCAGUCUUGGUAUUCCAUGUUUGCCACAGGUGCCCACAGUGGGCAGUGCCUCAUGUGUAGGUGCUUGGUGGUCAGGCCUUAGAGGCUAGGAGUUGCCCUGGGGCUCUGAUCAGAAGUCACCCAAGGGUACCUCCCAGGACUGCAUCCUGCUGUGUGCCAGAACAUGGUUGUGGUAUUCCGCUGAGCCCACAGGCUUUUCUGGAGUUAAAAAGAGAGGAACAUCCUUAACUUUUAUGAACUGUGUGCUUCAGGCAGAAGGGACAGUUUCCCAGGAAGCACACAGUGUCCUCUGCUCAAGCAGAGCCGUGAGGUUGCAAACAGCAGACUACCUGAGACUGACUACCUAGCCCUGGGCUGCCCUACCAGCCUCUGGGGCAGGGAUCCCCGCUUCCACGCCUCCCACAGAAUACAUGGGGCUGCUUUGGUGUGAGCCAAAAUCAGCCACUGUGAGCAGCACAAUGCUAGAUGAUCACAAAGUAUCUGGGGAGAAGCUUGGGGCCUACUUCCUAUGCUUGACAGUCUCCCGUGUAUGACUAGGGUCUAUGACUAGGGUCUGUGACCAGCACUCGAGGGACGUCCAAGCGUUAGAGAACAGCUGUCACAGUAACACAAGAGGGGUCUUCCCCUUUUAACAGGGCAUCUUCCAAGCUGGCCAGGCCUAAGCACUUUUUGAGACUCUGAAGUAUAUGGUUUUAAUUGGUUCAGGUCCACAGCUCGUAUUCUGUGGGCAGCCAGGCCCUGCCCGUAUCCACUGAACCUGACCAGCCGCAAGGCAGAUGGCUGGUAUUAAUAGGAGGCCUUUCCCAAGCUGCUCCCUGAGGGUGCUGGAGCCCGUAGGCCCUCCUGAAACAGGAGGAGAGGGUGGGGAAGGCCUCAGAAGCCCUCUUCCUACCCCACAAAGUGCCAUCUCUGUGGCCUCGGGCUGUACCAUGAGGCGCCCUGUCACAACCAGAGCUGACCUGCGGGAAAGGGUGUGCCGCAAGUAAGCAGUGACCUGUGUGUCUUGUUAAUGUCAGCCGCCUCGGCAUGGCCUUGUGCCCUCACGACAGGUGACUAUUGUCUUUGGGUGUCAGAGGGAAGUACUUUCUAGCAGUGUUUGAACAGUUAACUUAGGCUGAGCCUGAGAUGUCAGUAGUUGACUUGAAAGAGUUUAAGAAAGAGCAAAACAAUCCAGUAACCAGCCCCUAGGAUGAGGUGCCCACUGCCUGUCCAUGUGGCUGGGCACCAUCCAGGUGGGCUGUGUCGGUGAUGCCCAGCCCCCAGCUUGGUCCUUUCGCCCCAGUCCAGAGCAUACUCUUGUAUGUGCUAGUGGGCUGAAAAUGCUGCAGAGAAAGUAUAACAGGCUCUCUUCUUCACACAAAAAAUGUGUGAAAACAGGAAACCUUGAGUAGCUGGUCUGCAGUGUCUUUGACAAUGUGAGGGAUCCUCGGGGUUCUUCACCCCAGCCUCACAUCAGUUCCUCCAACAUAACAAGCUCACACCUGCGUGUGGCCAGGGCCUCUGCUGUUCCCUCUGUCUUGACACUUACUCCUAAGAUUAUGGGCAGGGGCUUUCCCCAUCCACCUGAUACUUGUACAAAACCUGCAGCCCUGUCCACCUCCUCCCCUUUUUCUGCUGCCCACUUUGGUGGCAGAAGUCACUAUUUGAUUCUCUCGGUCCACUGGGAGAUCUGAGUAACUCUGGAGUGUGAGAGCCCCAAAAGCAAGCACCUAGCAGUCCCCUAAAUGGAUGACCUAGGAAUUCUGGUCGGAUAUAAUGCUUCCCCAAACUACAAUUUUGCAUCCUGCAUCGGCAGACUUAGCCAUCUUAUUUAUGCUGAGUAGCAGCUUUAGAGGGUUUUCUUGGAGUCUGUGAGGCCCUGACCUCAGAGAUUGGAAUCUGUCAAAGGAAUUGCCUCUUACAGAUGUUCCCCGGGGGAGGGGAAAGAAAGAGGAAAGGAACACACGAAUAUCAGAGAUUAGCUCAUGACUAUGCUUUGCUUCAAAAUCUGUCAUGAAUGUGAAGGUAACUUGACUGGUUGAAAUGACUCAGCCACGUGGAGUGAAGGAAGGGGAGGCGACCUUGGAUAGCGUUGAUGAAGUCUCUGACCUGUACAACCUCCACAGAGGGCAGCUGCACAGUAUCUAUCAAAAGUGCAAAUGCACAAAUCUUUGGAGCUAGCAAUGCUGCUUCUAAGAAUAUCCCCCUGUUCAAGGAUUUGCAUUGCAGCCUUGUAAUAGCGACAAGCUGGAAAUGACCACCAACAUAGGAAAACGGUUAAACAAAGUAUGACGCAUUCAUCCAGUGGAAUAUUAAAAGAAAUUGAAAAGAAAGGAGCUGUCCUGUAUAUACUGCCAGGGAAUGACAACCAGCAUGCAUGGUUGGGGGGUGAGGGGAAGAGGCUCUUGCUAUAUUUGUCUUUAAAAGAGGAAGGGAAGGAGAAAAGCAUGUAGUGGGUCUAUGUCUCUGUGUGUGUGUGUGUGUGUGUGUGUGUGUGUGUGUAUCUCUGUGUGUGUAUCAAACACACCUGCUUGCUGUGCCCAGGUGUCUCUGGGAAAUGCCCAGCCACUUGGCAACCCUGGUAGCCCCUGGGAAUUGGGGUGGGAAUUAACCUUUCACUGUAUACCUUUUUGUACCUCAAAAUUUUGUACCAUGUACAUACAUUAUCUAU